AUGUUUGCAUCGAUGAAUUCUUCGUUCUCAUCCGAAGUGUAUUCAAUAGACGUUGGCGUAGAAACGGACUCGGAAAUGGAGUGGAUCACACCAGAAAUGUUAAUUUACGAAAAGAAUGCGCAGCUGAAUGCUCAAGCAUCGACUUCAUCGAUGCAACUGUCAACUAACGCUUCUCAAAAUUACACAGAUUCUCAGAGCAAUUACUCAGCGACGCCGGAUCGUCGCCAACGUCGGCGACUUCGAUCAGGGCAAACACCAAGCUGGCUCAAUCGGUCUGUGACAUCGGAUAUAGGCAAUCGAGCGCUCGAUGGAAUCGAAAGUAAUGACAAAAGAGAUAUAUCAAGCGCCUGUCAUACGGAGUACGAUAACGCCGAAUCCGAGGGCAACUGCUCAGAUUCUGAAAUGCUCGAUGGCCGUCUGGAACAGCUGAAGAAAGCUUUAAGAGAUUGCAGUCGGUCAAGUACGAGUCAGAGGAGGAAGCGUCGUCUGUGGAGUCGAACUGAUAACGGUAAUGAUGCCGAUAUCGACAGCGUUUGCUCCUCACUUGGUGCUUCUUCCAUUUUUGGCAAUCUCCGGUGGAGCAGGUCUGUUUAA